AUGAAAGCUCUCACUUACGCAGGAAACAACAAUGUCUCUCUCCAGGACCGCCCACUCCCCGUCAUUUCAUCCCCAACCGACGCCAUCAUCAAAGUGACCAAAACAACCAUUUGCGGCACAGAUCUGCACAUCCGCAAAGGCGAUGUAGCCACGUGCCAGACCGGUACUACGUUGGGCCACGAAGGCGUUGGCAUCGUUCAUUCAGUUGGUCCGUCCGUUUCGCGCUUUAAGGAAGGCGACCGAGUCCUCAUUUCGUGCAUUUCCAGCUGUGCAACUUGUGAAUACUGCCGCAGGAGCAUGUACAGCCAUUGCACUUCUGGUGGUUGGAUUCUUGGGCACACGAUUAAUGGAGUUCAGGCUGAGUACGUUCGCAUUCCGCAUGCCGACUCUAGUCUCCAUGCGAUUCCUCAGGGUGUCGAUGAGGAGGCUCUGGUAAUGGUCAGCGAUAUCUUCCCAACAGGCCUUGAAUGCGGGGUUCUCAAUGGCAAGGUUCAGCCUGGAGGUACUGUUGUGGUCGUUGGCGCAGGGCCUGUUGGACUGGCCGCUAUCAUCACUGCACAGAUGUACUCACCCUCUCAAAUUAUUGCCGUUGACACAGAUACUGCAAGACUGGAGGUCGCUAAGAAGCUUGGUGCUACUGAAACGGUAGUGAGCACUAAAGACAAGGACAGCGUGGUUGAAAAGGUGAAGGCUUUGACGGAUGGCAAAGGUUGUGAUUCUGUCAUUGAGGCAGUUGGUAUUCCUGCCACCUUCGAGCUUUGCCAGGAACUCCUCGCUGUCGGCGGGGUGUUGGCAAACGUUGGUGUACAUGGUACUAAGGUGGAUCUCCAUCUUCAGGAUCUCUGGGCUAUCACCACGAAACUGGUCGAUACAGUCACCACUCCAAUGCUGUUGAAGCUGGUCCAGUCUGGCAAAUUGCAACCUGCGCAACUGAUCACACACCGUUUCAAGCUUAGCGAGAUCGAAAAGGCGUAUGAGACAUUUGGUGAAGCCUCCAAGCAUGGUGCACUGAAGGUUAUUAUUGAUGUGGACUAG